GUCUGUCCCAGAAACAGGCCGAGCACUUUUCCUUGUGUCCGCCACCGCCCGUCUCCUCCGUCACUCAGUGAAACACUGGAGAGGAGCUGAGGAGGUGUCUACAAGUGUCUGCUCCUCUCUCCACGGAUUCCCCUGCGUGUGUCCUGCGAGAAGACCCGCUUCCGACCUGCAGACGCGUCAGUCUGGCACUGUGACUUUCAUCCAGCAUGGGGGACGUCAUUUCCAGUCACCUGGAUGAGGCCAAGCGGGAGAUUAUCUCAGCUCGGACUGGGGCGGUUAUAGGGGACUUCGGGCGUCUGUACGAGCAGCAGUAUGGAGUAGCUCUCUUCAACAAAGUUCGUUUUGACAUAGAAGGAGGAGGUGGCCCGCAACCCCAGCUGUUGCAUCGCAAGAUUCCUCUGGAGAACAAGUCCAUCUUCUCUGGCUCACUCUUUCAGUACCUGGAGGAGAACAAGAAAUGGAGGAACCGCUUCUUCUUCAUCCCGGACUCCUAUAACAUCAACUUCUAUGACAACAAAGUGUCCCAUGACAGAGGUCUCACUCCCAAAGGAACCAUCAACUGUGCUGGCUACAAAGUGCUGACAUCCAUGGAGCAGUACCUGGACCUGAUCAGCAACAGCCUGCCUGAUGUGAAAGCCAAGGUGGGAAGUUCUCCAUUCCUAAAGUGUGCCAGUCAGUUCCCGCUGAUCCUCUGGCAACCUUAUGGACGUCACUACUACUUCUGUGUGGGGACAGAGAAAGAGCAACAGAAGUGGCAAGCUGUCCUACAGGACUGUGUCCGUCAUGCCAAUGAUGGUUUGUCAGAGGAGAAAAAAGUCCAAACACCUGCUUUUACUGAUGCAGUACGCCACUACCGCCAAGCUCAAGGGCACUAUGGCACCUGGGAAAUGAUGUGUGGUGUACCAUCACAGAUCCUGUCUAACCUGGUGAUGGAGAAUCUCCUUCCUGAGCUGAGGGAGCUCAUCUCCCCCCGCCUGAAGGGCAAACUGCAUGAGAGGCAGAGGAACUGGAUGCUGAUCAGUGAUGCAGUGUACAGCCUGGUGCAGGGCCAGUGUCAAACCCAGUAUGAUGCAAUGGUGCAGAAGUGUGAGGCAGCCCGUUCCUCUCUGGAGGCUUCCAUACGAAAAGACAUGGACCAGAUCAUCACAUCCAAGGAGCACGUCACCAACAAGAUCAAGGCCGCGGUUCUCCCCAAAUCUGAGAAGCUGUUGAAGGUGAGCAUCCAGCCCUACAUCAGCUCCAUCCUGGAUGCCCUGAUGGAGCCAACAAGCCGAGGCUUCUCAGAGGUCCGCGACGUCUUCUUCAGCGAACUGGUGGACAUGAGCAAGAACACCCUCAAUGAGGGCACCAAGGAGACCAUGGCACAGCACAUGGAGAAGAUCUCCAUGCUGGCCUUCCAUCCAGUGAAGAUGAACAGCUGCUAUGAGAAGGUGGAGCACCUGAGCUUGGAUGGUCUGCAGCAGAGGUUUGACGUGUCCAGCCCCUCAGUGUUUGUCCAGAGAGCCCAGAUCCUCAUGAGAGAGCAAAUGGACGAUGCUGUUUAUACGUUUGAACAGAUCCUUCACCAGAGUCUGGAGUCUCAGGGCACAGAGGAGCUCUGUAAGACCAUCCAGCGCUGCCAGGACAGAGUCAUCAAGAAGUUUGACUAUGACAGCAGCACGGUGAGGAAGCGUUUCUUCCGCGAGGCUCUCCUCCAGAUCUUCAUUCCCUACAUGCUGAAGCAGCUCGGCCCCUCCUGUGGCUCGGAGCUGCCGCGCUUCCAGGAGCUGAUCUUUGAGGAUUUUUCCCGUUUCAUCCUGGUGGAGAACAUCUUUGAGGAGGUGGUGCUGCUCUCGGUCAUGAAGGACAUCAUGAUGGCUGUGAAGGAGGCGGCGGUCCAGAGGAGACACAACCUUUACAGGGACAGCAUUGUCAUCAGCAACAGCGACCCCAGUCUGCACCUGCUGGGAGAGAACCCCUCCAUCGACUGGGCCAAGGAGCACGGGGGAGUUCAGGGCGAGGCGGAUGCAGCAGAGGAGGACGCUGAGGGCCACUGUGAGAGUGAAGGUGGGGAGCCCCAGAAGACGAGGAGGAUGAAGCAGGUUGUGUCCAUGAUCCAGGUGGAAGAGUCCUCAGGCAUGCACAACGAGUCGUGCAUUGAGGUGCCCGGCAAGGAAGACAUCCCAGAGGGAGAUGAGGAGGAGGUGGUGGAGAAGGAGGAAGAUAGGGAGGAAAACUCGGACUGUAAAGCUUCUCCUGACCAGAUUAAAUCCGCAAGUCGGAAAGCUUCAGAAAACCCUCCGACCUUGUCUAAUGGAUCUGCUCUGAAGGAGGAGGAAGCCAAACUAGAGGAGCAGGUUAAACAAAUCCCUUGCAUGGUUGAAUCUGCUACCGAAAGUGUUUCGGCCUCAGAGGAGAAGGAGGCGGGAGAGGCCAGUCAGCCGGAGCUGGAUGAACUACCACCCUCCAACCAGGAAGUGUCAGAGGAGACAUUGCCCCCGGCACCUUCUCUCAAUGAAAUCUCAUCAGGGGCUACAGAAACAACCCCACCAGAGGUGGCCGCUGACUUUCCCCCACCUCUGCAUGAUGACAGCGGUCUCCAGUCUCCCACUAGUGAUGGGGCAGCGGCAGAAGAGGCAGUGGCCUCGCCGCCAGAAGAGGAGCAUGCCGGGGAGCAUCCAGAGGAGCAGGCAGGGGAGCAGGCAGAGGGGCAGGCAGAGGGGCAGGCAGAGGGGCAGGCAGAGGGGCAGGCAGUAGGGCAGACUGACUUUCCCCCACCUCCGCAUGAUGACAGCGGUUUCCAGUCUCCCACUAGUGAUGGGGCAGCGGCAAAAGAGGCAGUGGCCUCGCCGCCAACAGCGGAGCAUGCCGGGGAGCAGCCAGAGGAGCAGGCAGGGGAGCAGGCAGGGGAGGGCAAGGCAAAUAAGCAGGCAGAGGUGCAGCCAGAGGAGCAGGCAGGGAAGCAGCCAGAGGAGCAGGCAGAGGAGCAGGCAGGUAAGCAGGCAGAGGAGACGAGCACCGCUGCCCCACCAGAAGCCAAAACCAAUGACUUUGAGAACAAAGAGCAGUGA